GCAAGAGCCUUUCACCUUAUCUUAUUUCAUUCUAUUAUAUUUGCAACCGACGUUAAACUCCAAAUCACAGCCAUCAUCAUGUCCAACAAACCUCCAUUCCAAAAAACCUACCCAUGGACAAGCGCACCAAUAAUAGCCCAAGCCCCCAUGCUCAACAUUGCCGGCCCCGAGCUAGCCACAGCCGUAUCCGCAGCCGGCGGAAUCGGCUUCGUAGCCGGUGGAAACGACGUAUCGAAUCUCGAGCGCAAGUUUCAGCGAGCUGAGCAGCUUAUUAAAGACUACAAGGCGGCAGCGGCAGCAGAAGGAAACCUACCCACCAACAACAGUCUUCAGUUCUAUAACGGCCCGAACUUACCUAUCGGCGUAGGAUUUCUAAACUGGGGAGCCGAUAUCAAAACAGCACUGCCGCUCAUCAUUCGCUACCGCCCAUGUGCCGUGUGGCUGUUCGCGCCACCUAACUGCGCCGCAGAUCAAGUCCCCUGGGUCGAGGGAAUCCGGGCCCAGACUAGCGGGAGUGUGGCUAUCUGGGCCCAGGUAGGGAGUGUUGAGGAUGCAGUCGACGCCGUGGCCAAGCUGCAUCCUGAUGUGCUUGUCGUGCAGGGGAGUGAUGGCGGGGGCCAUGGGUUGGAGAAGUCGGCUAGUAUUGUGUCUUUGGUGCCGGAGGUUAUUGACAAGCUGUGUGAGGAUGGUCAAGGUAAUAUGGAAAGGUUGCCGAGAAUUGUCGCGGCAGGUGGCUUAGUAGAUGGGCGGGGGGUAGCAGCUGCUCUUGUCUUGGGUGCUGAAGCGGUGGUGAUGGGGACGCGGUUCCUGGCCUCAUCUGAAGCAGGUAUACAGAGGGGGUAUCAGGAGGCUAUUCUCGAGGCAAGUGAUGGUGGGGUUUGUACUAUUCGUUCUACUGUGUAUGACCGUGUACGGGGAUUUCGGAGCUGGCCGGGGAAAUAUUCCCCGCGGGGAAUUGUGAAUAGAACGCAUACGGAGUUGGUCGCGGGAAAGGUGUCGGAACGGGAGAAUUAUGAUCUUUAUCAGAAGGCUCUAGAGCAGGAGAGCCCGGGAUAUGGAGCUAAUGGGCGACUGGCUACUUUUGCGGGUACGGCGGUUGGUUUGGUGAGAGAGGUACUGCCGGCUGGGGAGAUUGUUCGCGGGGUUAGGAAGGAAACCGAGGCUGUUUUGAGGGUGGAUAGAGUGGCGAGGUUGUAGAAAAUAAAAUAUGUGCUCUUCUGACUGACAGCGCC